AUGGUAGAUAGCUGUUCACAAUUUGAAGGGGACAUAUAUCCCAUACCUGCAGCUUCAGUAGCAACUAACACAAUCAGCCAUGACUCCGUUUCCUACUCUGAGGGUGAGAACUUUACCUGGGGUUCGGAUUUCAUCUCUGUGUCACGCGAUCAAACAAUCAGCAAUCAAAGCCCUACUGGCGAUAUCCGAACUGUGCCAGAUGAUGUUGCAAGUUUAGUUGAAGUUUUUCUUGCGAGAUGAUAAUGACUUAGAACGCGAAGAGGAUAUAUAUUCCGUUUUGUGGGAUUUUGGCGGACAGACAGUUUACUAUAAUACCCACCCACUCUUCCUUACGUCGAGGGCAAUAUACAUUUUGGUGAAUGACCUCAGCCGGCACCUGCACGAUAAAGCAAAAUCAGUUAUGAAGCAAGGAAUGUUCACGAAAUUACAGGACAGCUUUCGUUUGAAAACAAAUGCCGAUUAUCUUGAUUUUUGGAUGUCAUCUGUUGCAUCUCUCGCCAUUCAGGACAAAAGUAACUCUAAAAAGAUGAAAUCUGACUUGUUGCCUGAACUUCCACCGGUGUUUUUAGUUUGCACUCACGCUGACAAACCUUGUGAUGGAGGAGAUCCUCGUGAGCUUGGCAGGAUGGUAUUUGGUUACCUACAGACCAAACCUUACAAGAUCCACCUACAUGAUGUCUUUGUUGUGGAUAAUACCAAGUCUGGCCAUGAACUGGAAUGUCCAGAAGUCUUGCGCCUGCGCCAGGAAAUUCGUGCCGUCGCCAAGGAGCUACCUCACAUGAAGGAAGCAGUUCCAAUCAAGUGGCUUAAGUUUGAAAAAGAAAUACAAGCCAAGAAAGAUGAGGGUAACAAGUGGAUUUCCCUUGAAGAGACAAAAGAAGUUGCUUGGGAGGUGUGUAACGUUUCUGACGAAGAAGAAUUUAGAACUUUACUAAAUUUUUUGCAUGAUCAAAGAGUUUUAAUACACUUUGAUGACACUCUAGAGCUGAGUAAAAUGGUAGUCUUGGACACUCAGUGGUUGAUCAAUGUUUUUAAGGAGGUUAUUACCAUUCGGCCAUUUGACAGCAAGGAAAAAAAAUUCAAGGAGCUCUGGUUUAAGCUUGAAAAGGAAGGAGUCUUGGAGGAACCUCUUUUAGAACAUGUUUGGGGUCCUUUAUAUCGCAAAGAGGAUACUUGCCAAAGUCUCAUUGCUAUCAUGGAGAAGUUCAGUUUACUUUGCUCUUGGCCUUCUUCGGAUGGCUCACGUGGUAAGCAGUACCUAGUGCCUUCCAUGUUAAUGUCACACCCACCCGAGGAAAUAAUGGAGCUGAUUGCAUCUGCAGAAAUUCCUUCUCUUUUUCUUAAAUUUGAGACUGGACAAGUUCCACCUGGCUUGUUUCCCCGAUUGGUGCUGCAGGUUUUACAGUGGUGCAAACAAGAAUGUGCCAGCCCAGAGCAACCUCAGCUAUACCACAAUUUUGUCAGAAUUUAUCGUUCUGAAGAAGUUAAUUGCUCCGUAAUCCUUCUGUGCCAUAUGUCAUCAAUUGAAGUCGUUGUUCAUAGAGGCAAUGGCGGUGACGAGGUGGCACAACCUUCUAAGUCUGCGAUUAGUUCGCCUGUAAAUAGUAACCAUGACCCCUUUGCUUGUGCAGUACUGAGGGAACUCGAAUUUAUGCUUGAGUCCAUGCGAAGGGAAUUCUGUUGGCUACAGAAUAUGAAAUAUGAAGUGAGUUUCUUGUGCCCUGUUUGUUGUCAAGGAGGUGUCGUCAGCUACUGCCGCACACAUCUUUCAAAAGGCUGCAAGCAAGAAGAAUGCUUGCACUUCUGGCCCGAGUCAGAGUUGUGCAGCGGAAAGAAGAUCAUAGGUUGCACCAGAUCUGCAGUUGCUAAGACGAACAGAGUGUUGGUGAAAGACUUCGAGCCUUGGUUUUCUCCUAUGAGAAAUCAGGUAAAUAAUUGUAGAUAACAUGUGACCGUUUUCGGAGGUGACUUCCUUUUUGUAAAGAUUAACAGAAAACUUGGAAACGUUGUAUUUGUCAUCAAAAGAUGAGAUGAGACCACGAACGCUUACUGAAAGCAGCAGAAGUCGGGUCCAUAGAGAUGAUAAAGGCACUUGUGGUUGGGUUCAGUUGUAACUGUUAAGAGAUCUGAAAUAUGCUAUGUUUCCUUAAAGUAAGCCAAGUAAUCACCCUAUCACACUUGCCUAAGGUAACUAUUGUAAUGAAUAUCAAGCAAAAUGUUUCUCAUUAAACGUACAACAGUUCAGAAAUGUUGCAUUUCCAUGAUGGUGUUUAAUUCUCCUUCUUUCUUUCCAACAGCUGACUAUUGAUAAAUGUAAUGGUGGAAACUUAGCGUCAGUUGAAGGUAACAUUACUGUAUAAGUUUUUUGGUGGUUCUCUCUAGAUAACGGAAAGAAAAAAAAAUUCAUUUUGUUUGAAAAAUACAUUUCAUUUGACGUACCAGAAGAAGCAAAUAGUGCAUGGCUAAGAAAUUGUCAUCUUUUAUUUGUUUUAAGACGAUGAGGAAACUUUUUCUGCUGACGAGGUUCUACAUAUCCGUUUAACACAGCAGCGAGAUAACCAAACUAUUUCGCCGCAAUUAAAGGGGAGUCUGCGGCUGGAGGGAGCCUGUCCUGAUACCCCGGACUUUGAGUCCACAAGUGGUGAAAUGUUGCCUAAUCUGGGUAAAACUACCGGUGACUGCAUCUCAUACUUCCCCUUUGGGAUUUUUUUUUUUAUAUGAAUAUAACAGCUAAAAAUAUUCGCUAUUUUAUUCAAGCAUAAUAAUAAUAAAUGAUAUGGAAAGGUUCUGAGCUAUAUUCGUGUAACUUUGCUGGUAUCGUCUUGGGAUAUUGUGUAAUUACUAAUGUGCUGGAAAUCUCCGCAGCAGUCAUCAAUAAUUUCCGAAGAACGUAUGCUGUGAAAACUUCUAUUUUAAUUAUCAAUGAUUUAUGACUGGUCUUUUCCUUUUGUUUUUUCUAAGCAACGACCGAAAUUUGCCUACCUGAUGAUGUUGAACAAACCCUCCUGUCAGCGUCGUGCGACGCCAAAGAGAUUGUUCAUCAACUGAAGGAGAACCUGCAAUUAAACAAAGACGUUUUUGAGAGGCCAGACCAUGACACUAAGAAAAUAAUCCGUAGUCUGGCACAGAAAGCAAAAGAUUUAAAGAGGCUUGAUGUCUUCGAACAUUUAAGAGAGAUUGCACCGGCUGGAACUGCUGGUUAGUUACUUAUCUCGCGAAACCUAUCUUGCCAUGAAACUAUGGGAUACGUGAGAGUGCUGCAGAAAUCAAAUAAAAAUCACGAAGAAAACAUAAACUCUUACAAAUUUUUUAUUUGAAGCGGAUGUUUGACCUGACGAACUACAUUUUUUGAUGUCUCUUUAUUAUGCGUUAGCAGACUUACCAGCCGUGUCCCAAAGAAAGACUGACCAGUAGUGGGUUCAAGGUGUUUGUUUGCGCUAAAACAAAUUUUCAUGUAUAUUUCUGAUGACUUUUCAACUAUUUAUCUUCCUAUAUUAACAAAAGGUUUCUUUUUCCAUUAUUAGGUCCUUUACUUCCUGAAAACCUUCCUGUUCAAGACAUUCCAAUCAUUAAAGCGAGGGACCUUACAAUCCGCUUAUCUGGUAAGCUUUGCUAUUUAUUUCACAAAUAGUUUUGGAAGAAAUUUCUUGCAAGCACAACUAUAUUUUAAUUCAUGUGUAUUUUUAAUUUGAAAUGUCAGUUCUGAAAUUAAAUUCCAAGUUAACAAUUCUCUUUAUAAUAGACUACAUUGAAAAUCUAUUAUCUAUCUUCAAAGGUUGUUUAUCAUAAUUAUUCAAAGACGGACACAGUUAGUGCGUAAUUUUGCUCACUUUAACUGGGUGCCAUUUCACUCGCUGCCGUGCCUUUCCGCUAACUUAAACUGCGUAUUGUUCUUGUUGACACGUCCCUUUAUUUUUGUCGUGCUCUUUCUACAAAGGAAAAAUUUUUUAAGAAGUCUUGCCAUCGGAUACGCCGCUCUGAAGCCACCACGCACUACGUAUUGUUUAGGGUGCCAGUUUACCUUGCCCGUGCAUUCAACUGAUCAGUUCUUAUUUCGAGUGGAAGGCCACAUUUCGUUGAAAAAAUACAUUAUUUCAUGCAAUAUCUAAUUCUUGACAUAUUCAGAAUAUUGUUAUAGGAACAUAAAAAGAAUCAAGCAAACAAACAAAUAAAUUAAAAAAACCCCUUUCAUUUAGGUGGCGAUGAGUGGAAGGAGCUUGCUGAAGGACUUGGACUGACUCCACCAGAGAUUCGUUUUCUUGACAAGCGUACACUGAACCCAAUGGAAGCAGCUUUAUCUUUUAUUGCCAAACAGCGCCUCUUAAGCGUGGGUGAGCUGUACGAAUUGUUGAAUGAACGUGAUUUUCCCAUGUUGGCCGAUCUUUUAUAAGAAGAUUGUCUGACCUCGGCAUAUUGUUGAUUUUAGGUAACGGUCAAUCUGAGUUCUUCAAGGACCCGAUAUGCUUGAAUGUUUGGGAUUAUAUCUUUUGUUUUGCCAAAAAAGUAAAAAAAAGAAAAAAAAAACUAGGGAGAUACAGAACCCUUCAUUAUUAUGCUGAGGUUCCGCUAAAAGGCUUUAGAACCGAUAUACUUGGUAAUGUUAGGGACUCUAGCUUUAUGUACUAUACUUUUAAGGAGUUUUUCGUUCGGUUCUAUGCCAUGUCUGUUAGACAUAGGGCUGCCAACCAUUUGCCCAUUGCUAUUCGGUCAUCGUUAGUCGUACGCGAGAUUAACAAAAUUGAACCACCGCAAAGCGGGACUCCGCUUUGUUUCUUACAGAUAUGAUCAUAGACCGAAUUAGACGACACUAGGUCUUGUUACCAAUUAAUCCCAACCAUUGCAAUUUCCGAGAAAAAUAAAGUAGAAUAAUUGAAAGAGGGGCUUGUUAUUCUAAUCUUGAAACACAUUACCUCAAGGAGAGGAACACUGAAAAGCUCUAAACACAGCGUCUCCAGCUUGGGAUGGUAAGCCAUUGGCAUGGUUAUUCGAAUCAAUUCAGUGAUUAAUGGAUUCAUUUGAGUAUAUCGAUUUGAUCGAUCACACUGUCCAAGUACAACUCUGCAGAUUUAUUGGUAAGAAAUAUAGGAGUUCAUCCCCCAAUCACAUUCGAAGAAAUUGUAAUGGUGAUAAUUUAUGAUAUAAGAAAAACUUGCUUCAGGCGUUUUAUAGAAUACUUGAUAUGGUAUGAUUUGGGUAGUGUUUGAUAAAGGACUGGUAUAUCCAUUUAAGUAGAAUGACAUAGUGGAGAUGGAGUAUCACUGCUUUAAGAAUUUCUGAUUCAUUUUUGUUGGCUAUAAAGUUAAUGAA